AUGGACGACGAUCAACAGUUUUGUUUGCGCUGGAAUAACCAUCAGAGCACGCUAAUCAGCGUCUUUGAUACGUUGCUAGAAAAUGAGACACUAGUCGAUUGUACGCUCGCUGCCGAGGGCAAAUUUCUCAAGGCCCACAAGGUGGUACUAUCAGCAUGCAGUCCCUAUUUUGCUACAUUGCUGCAAGAACAGUACGACAAGCAUCCAAUUUUCAUACUCAAGGAUGUCAAGUACCAAGAGCUGCGCGCCAUGAUGGACUAUAUGUAUCGCGGCGAGGUGAACAUCUCGCAAGAUCAACUGACCGCGCUACUCAAGGCCGCCGAAUCGCUGCAGAUCAAGGGCUUAUCCGACAAUCGCAGCGGCACCGGCCCAGCAGCUGCUGCAGCACAACAGCAAGCACCUAAACCGGAUACACACCAUCGCGUCAAACUGAGUGCACCCUAUACACUGGAGCAGACCAAGCGUGCGCGCAUCACAAGCGGCGCAGCAGCCCCUGGUGCUGGCAUGGUGGAUGCCGCUGAUGUGUCCGGUUCGCGUGAAGGCUCCUCCAGUCCAUCACGUCGUCGUCGAAAAGUGCGACGCCGCAGCAUGGAAAAUGAUGUGCACGACAACUCCAAUUCGUCAGUGCUAGCCGCCGCCUCCAAUCAGUCAAUCCUCCAACAAACAAGCGCUGGCCUUGCUGCCUCCGCACUGGUCAGCACUCAAUUGGCCAGCGGCAGUGCAGCAAGUGCAACGGCCGUCAGUGCAACAGCCUGCGGCAACAGCAGCAGCAGCGGAAGCCAAGUAUCGAACCAGCCAUUGACCACCAGCAGCAGCAGUAACGUUACCAAAAAGACUGAAAGCGCUAAACUAACAUCGACCGCAGCUGUCCAGGGCGCCCCACAACAGCAGCAGCAGCAGCAGCAGCAACAAACAACAAGCGAUGCCAUUAACACCGACAAUGUACAACAACAACAACAACAACAACAGAAUCAAGGCGCCCAAGGCGAUGCUGAAGAUAUGGAUGUGGCAAGUGGUGCAGCUGGCGGUGCAACUGGCACCGUUGCCGUUCACACUGGCGUCGUUAAGCAAUUGACAACGCUCGAUAAGUCGAAUCAUAAACAGAAGAUCAAAGAUAAUAGCAUAACAACAACUGAAAUGGUAAUUGAGCCCAAGGCCGAAUACGAUGAUGAUGCGCACGAUGAGAAUGUUGAGGAUUUGACUUUGGAUGAGGAGGAUAUGACAAUGGAGGAGCUGGACCAAGCGGCCAGCACCAGUCAGGGUGGCGAAGGAUCUAGUCAAGCAUAUGCAACAUGGCAACACGACAGAUCUCAGGAUGAACUUGGACUAAUGGCCGCACAGGAUGCACAGCAACGGGAUCCACAAGACAUCUAUCCCAUUUUGGGCAGUCUGCUGGGCGUGGACACAUCGAGCACUGCGAAUGCUGGCAGUAGCCAUGACACCGCCAUUGGCGACUACUACGGCUAUCUCAACAACAACAACAACAACACAAGCAGCAGCAACAACAAUAACAAUAAUAACAACAACAACACAAGCAGCAGCAACACCAAUGCCGCCGGCGCUGCCACAACGCACAGCGGCAAUACCCUGCGAGCAGCACAUGCGAGCAGCCUAUCACGUGAUUCGUUUAUGCAGUGCAAACACUGUAAUCGCUACUACAAAUCGCAUCAGAAAUUGCAGGAGCAUGUGCGCAAAUAUUGCCUGAAGCAAAAGAAAUACAAGUGCGUAUCCUGCGAGUAUCGUUCGCGUCGCAAGGAUCAUGUGCUGCGGCAUGCAAAGCGCAAGCACUGCAUGCUCUAUGAGCGGCUGCGCAACGACGAGGAGAGUCUCUAUUUGAUACGCAACGAGGACGAUUUGAGCAACGAUGAUAACGAGCACGACAAUGAUAACGAUGCUGAUAACGAUGCCGAAGACGCCGAUGGCGGCGGCAUGGAUAGCGAUGUGGCCGCCGCACUGUGCGAAAUCAACUUCGAUUUCGCAGGACGUGAUCUAACCAUAACAGCGGUGCCCAUGCUGCAGGAGAGCGAAGAGGAUGAUGAUGACUACGAUGAGGAUGCCUAAAAGUGCACCUUCCUCCCUUUCUGUCUCUCUCUCUCUCUCUCUUACUCUCUCACUCUGUUUGUGCGUGCGUGUGUGUGUGUAGCAAAACCGUGAGGCGUAAUUUGAAAUGUUUACCAAAUAUGAAUACACAUUAGUUUGCACUGUACGGAUCAGACUGAGGCCUAAGGCCUGAAGCCUGUUGUGCAGUGUUAGCUACAACUACCUCCACAUGUGUGUGUGUGUCUGCAGCAUCAGCAGCAGCAGCGAAUUCAUAGCUUUUUUUUAUAGUGUAGCACAACCACUUAUACCUAUAUUAACCUUAUAUACUAUGUAGUAUAUAUACCAUAUAUGUAUAUAUAUAUAUAUAUAUAUUAUCAAUUAUCAUAGCCAGUUGUUGUGGCAAACUCAAGCAUGUCACAUUCCUGCGCACAACGCACAAAUUACUUAAACAAAACUUUGCCAAAGUGCAAAGCAACUUUAAACAAUUGAAUUUUACUAGAAUUUUAACUGCAAAGCUGAGUUUACACGUGAUACAAUUCGUCGACAAAAAGAAACUUAUAUUUGAGCGCACAUUUAUCUACUUGACACAUUUUGUAAAUCUUUUUUUUAAAAGAAUUAAGCUCUACUUGUAUAUAAAUUUGUAAUAUUUUUUAUCUUUCCGCAGAAAUAAUCAAUGAUUAUUUCAAUAUCUAAGUAAAUCUAAGUUUACACAUGACAAAGUUUUGACACCAUAUAUUCUACCUAUUCUCGGGCAUUCUUUAAAUUUCUAUAAAGUGCAUAUUUUAUAUAGCAUAUAUAAUGUGCUUUGUGAUCAAUGAUUUUCAAUUUGGCUGCUAACCGCAGUUUUAAUUCCAAGUCCGACACCUUAAAUUGCUCAACGAUAUUAAUUUCUGAUAUUUAAAGCUGAUAUAUAAAAGUUGUCUAUGAGUUGUUCUAUGAAAUGAAAAGGCCGUAGCUUUCCUAAUCCCAUACUUAACCCUUAUAACGUGUACUUAUCAAGCAUGAUAAUGAUAGAACCUAUAUUCUCUAUUUGCUUUCAGCUAAAUAUUUUCUUAGCUAAUAAUAUGGUUAUGUAUUCUCUGUCACAAUCUCUACACUAAAAAAUGAGAGAUAUGAAGAUAGACAAAAUUAAUGCAUGUCUGGAUAUAUUGAUCCUUUACAGAUAAAAAAAUAUAUAUAUAGAAUUUAGUUGAAAGUCUUAUCUAAACAUUUUUUUUAAACGACAGCAAAUAUUUUCUAUUUGGAUUUUACAAAAAUAUAUGCUCAAUUUACAUGGCCAAAAACUAAUUUCAAAUAUUUCUUAAAAAACCAUUUUGGUAACUUAAAUAUAUAUUUUUUUUUAAUCGUCACGUGUGAACUUCAACUUAAUUAUCUCUGAGCGCAUUCCGUUAAUUUUCUUUAAUUUUUUGUUUUAUAAUUUCUUUAAUAUUUUUAAGUUUUGUUGACCGUGUGCCUAUCCUUUAGUUUAAGCAGCAAAUUGGUCCAAGACCACAUUUAUUUAUAUCCCAAAAAAACAAAAACAAAAAAAAAAAAUGAAAAGAAAUCACUUGAUUUGUUAAUGUCAUUUCUGUGGUGGGUUGGUGUUCUGAAAAACUUCCAAACUCUCUUUAACUGUUUCUCAAAUAUUCUUGCCAGCAGCAGUUCCAAAAAAAAAAAAA